AUUAGUUACAAAAACAAAAGCACAAGAGCACAAAUGAACGGCAACGUAACUGACAAAAGCAGAAGCCGAUAAAAAGCCACCCUUACGACGGGCGCCGCGUUGCCAGGCGUCAGACGGCAGGCGGCAGAGGCAGCUUUUCUAAGGGUUCGCAUUCAGUUGAACAGCAAACUUCGAAGCGUACGGUUCGCAGUUCGGUUGCGUUUCUAUUCUUUAUUCUCCAACAAUUUCAGCAAACUUCUCACACACUCACACCGAUACCGUUUGAUAGCGACAGGCCAACCAACCAGCAGACAGAAUAUUCGCUCAUACACAGUCCGUGUGCGCGUGUGUGUGUGUGUGUGUGCUCGUGUUCGUGUUAGUGCAUGUGUGUGUGCUUGUGUUGAGUGUGUGUGUGUUUUUCUCGACUUGUCGACGUUCUCCUCAAACCAAAUACGUUAAAAAAAUACAUACAUAUAUAUAAAAAGAAGUGCAAAGAUGGCCGAAAAUUGUCCAAAAUGCAAGAAAUCAAUCAACUCGAAGGAUGCAAUCAUCAUCUGCAACUCGGACGACUGCCUAAAGAAGUUCCAUCGCACGUGCGUCAAUAUAGACGAUGCGAUGUACGAUUUGAUACAGAAGAACCCAAUGAUAUCGUUUAACUGUGAUGAGUGCAGAAAUCAAUCGCCGAAGGCACUGUCCGCCAAGCUGCACACCAUCGAGGAGAAGGUGAACAAGGUGUGCAACGGCGUCAAUCAGAUCCAGGGUCGGAUGUACCAACAGUAUUUCCAAUUUGGCAAUCAGCCCGUCAACAAUCUGGAUGGCAAAAAGCAUCCGCAGCAAAACAAUCUCAUCGUUGUUGGCAACAAUUGCAAUUCGGAUCGAUUGCAGGUCGUCUGCGACUACGGUCGCUGGGUGCAGGUGGGCAAAUUUGCGACAAACACCAGCGAGGAUGACAUUAUCGAGCAUUUGGCCGAGGAGCUGAAGAUCAACAAGAAUCUGGUCAAGUGCACCAAGCUGGUCAAAAACGAUGCCAACCUAUCGCAGCUAUCAUACUGCAAAUUCAAGAUAUCCAUACCGGACUAUCGUUUCAAUGAGCUGUUCAACGAGGCGAUUUGGCCAAGUGGCGUUAUGGUUAGCCCAUUCACACCACGCUCUCAGCUGAAUCAGAAUCGCAUAUAAAACGAGAGAGACCGGACGGGCGCAGCAGCGAGAGCAAGCCGCAGCGGCAGAGAGCGCGCCUGCGCACCAAUUGGCGAAGGGGUGGCUGCAGAGACAGAGAGUGAGAGUGGGAGUGGGAGUGGGAGGGAGAGAGCGCGCGCGGCUGAAGGAGGAGGAGGCUUGCCUGUGCCGGUCGGUCAGCGACAAUAGCAACCACAAUAACAAUAAUAAUAACAACAACAACAACAACACAGUUUUCAUUCGAUAAUGUUUUGUGCCGGGUUGGCUUCACUUUGUAUGCGAACAUUUUUCAACACUGACAACUCGAAAACUUUGUCUCAACACUUUUCGAAUUGCAGCUACACCGAAUACUUAAAGAAUUAACUUUGAAAAUGCAAUUUAAAAUGUUUUAGCGUUGCGUAAAAUUAUCGAAAAACAAAAUAAGAAAGCAAAAGAAAACCAAAACUUAAUAUUUUUAAUGGCAAACCAAAAAAUAAAUAAAAAAAAAACAAAACCAAAGUUAAAUACUUAAAUGUGCAGCAGAGUCAAAUAUUAGUCAUUUAUGAAUAUCUG